AUGUGUAUUUCUCAUAAAAAUUCGAUUCUAAAAUACCGUUUUUCCCUCGUCACCCAUGCAGACAGGAGCAGCAGUAAGCAGCCCAAAAUGAGCGAGUCAUUAACGCCUCACAAUGAAUCCGGUUACUUGUACGACGCUAUCAAAAUGCUUACACAGGGGGCCCGCUCCUUUGUGAAAAUGUUGGAGGAAAUCAACAACAAAAAUUACAAGUCUGUGGCUGAAAUCCUCAGCCGACAUUCGAGUUCGCGUUAA